AUGUAUUAUAUAAGACAAUACAAGUGGUUUAUUAGAUAUCGCAAUGUUUUUUUCUCGACGAAGAAUAAAUUAUCUGGUGUUAAACAGUUGGAUUCUCAAAAAAAUGACUUAACUAGUUCCAAUGAGCUACCUUCUCAGGAAUUUAUAAGUCCUCUUUACACCCAGAAGACUGGAAUGUUCGCCAAACCAGGCGUUCCUUUUAGUGAGGAUAAGGCUGGCCGAUUCAGGACAUACAAACUAUACCUAUUCUCAUUUGUUUCAUUUAUAGUUAUAGUUUCAAUGAUCAAAAUAAUACCUCCUGGUCAUGUUGGAAUUGUUGUUCGCAAAGAUGGUAACGUUGACCAAUUCAACAAUAAGGGUCGCCUCGCUUUAUUUCACAUCCCUUUUAUCGAAAAACCAAUUGCUUUCAGGAUAACCCCUAUAAGAAAAAAGAUUAUUAGAAAAUGUGAAACGUCUGAUGGUAAGAGUGUUGAGGUUGUUGUUUUCCUUACUCUAACAGCUAAAAUUCCCUUUUCUUCACACAUUUAUUCUAUUUACGGAGUUAACUACAGCAAUGGCUUUGUUGAGAAAGAGCUGAACUUUGAUAUUGAUCAAGUUAUUAAAAAGUUUAAAAUGGAUGAUUUGAUCUUGAACCCUGAUGUCAUAGAGAAUUUGGAACAUAAAAAGGGGAACAUAUACUCGGUAAACAGUUCUAUAGAAAAGGCAAACAAAGAAAUGAUCGAGCGAUUUGAAGACGCGGGUUCAUUUAACAAAAUCAUAGUUUCAGAUGUCGUAAGUCCAUAUAUAUUCAUACAAAUUACAAUAAAUGUGUAG